AUGUUACGACGACUGAGGCGACGUCCUACUGGACCGCCUCCAGACGCUAAAAGUGUCAAUUACACCCCGGAACAUGUCAGCGUAUCGAAAACGAUAGCUAGGCGGAGGAAGGUCAUUGAUGCACUUUGGACAAGGAUCCCUCUCAUCCGCGUGAUACUGGGCACCAUCGGUCUGUUAUGGCUACUUGCUCUACCGUAUGAAGGAUUGUGGAAGGGUACUUAUGUAGAUGAACAUGCAUUACAACCUGCUCAAGUGACGAUGUAUUUCGAUUGGGCAAACGUACAUAAAGCAGAUCAAUAUUUAGAUCAAUUAGAACGCAUAGUGAAUGGGACUUUCGAAGAGCGGACAGCAUUUCUACAAGAUACGUUAUCGGCCUCGGGACUUUCAACAUCGAAUACUUCAUCAUCUACAUAUGCGCACAUCUUACCACCAAGAUCAAAAGGCACAGAAAGUAUAUUGGUCUCCGCAAAUUGGAUAUCAAGGGAUGGUGGACCGAAUCUAAGGGGUAUAGCGACUUUGUUGGCGCUUGGAGAUUUCCUAAGAGGUCAAAAUCAUUGGGCUUUCGACUUCAUCUUGGUAAUCGGAGAAGGAUACAUGCAUGGGCUCGAAGGGUUCAUGAGGGAAUACCAUAAUCUGUUUGGUGGAGUCAUUUGGACUGGGUUGAAUAUUGACUAUCCAGGACAUUCAUUCUCACAUCUGGGACUAUUCUACGAGGGAGUCAAUGGUCGGUUGCCCAAUCAAGAUAUUAUCAAUACCGUUUCUCAAGUCUCACAAUACGCAGGAGGCGUUCCACCCCGAUAUCAUAACAUCCCUGAUGAUAUUCCAGAUUCUGCUUCCGAAUGGGUUGGAAAAUAUCUUCUUGGUGCCAAGCAUCUCCUUCAUCACUUCGCUUUUAUGGUGACUGGUCGGGCCAGUGCUGCCCAUGGUGUACUUGCAAGACAUCGCAUAGACUCGCUCACACUCUAUGCUACACCUGCGACUGGACCUCAUGGAUUCCACACACUCGGUCGAACACUUGAAUCGACUCUCCGGUCAAUGAAUAACCUUUUAGAAAGAUUACACGCUUCGUACUUCUUCUAUCUCCUUCCAAGACCAUGGCAAUUCAUUCCUGUGGGGCAUUACCUUCCAGCAGCUGUCCUACUAGGUGCAAGUUUGACUAUAGGUGGAUUUGAUUGCCCUUUACCAUUAGAAGGCUUGAGGUAUAUCAUUCCUGCAUUCAUCGCUUCGGGUAUAGCUUGGGCAUUCGAUAUACAUCCAAUCUACCUUAUAUCCAUACCCUUAGCCGUUUUAAGCCGACCUAGAGGACCUGCGAAAAAAUCUGCCAGAUCAUUAAUGAGAUUACUAUAUGGAGCUUUGAUACCUACUUUGGCAAUGGUAAAUUUCCCUCAAGCAAUCAUUCUAGCUAUAAUAUCAUUGUUAUAUCUCUGUUUACCCGAAAUCCCCUGUGUGCCCAUCCUGGCAUUAGCACCUGGAGUCUUAACCAGAUUUCUCAUCAGGCAUGCGGGUAUUGAUUUACAGAAAGAGUGGAUGGAAGUUGGAAAUUUGACUUGGCCCGGUAUUUAUGCGAUAUGGUUACCGCUAUGGAUGAAUGCCGUCAUCCUCCUACAGGAGAACUGA